CAAUUCAAACAUUAUGACGUAACAUACUGACGUCGUUUCCAUAAACACUAAAACUUACUCCGAUCAGAUUUGGACUUCUCUGUGUUCUUGAAUUUCGUUUCCAGUCUUUACUUGUAUUAUUGUCCAAGAAGUCACUGGCUGGAUUAUAAAUUUCCAGCAAUAUGUUUAGACCACCGAAGGAACACCCGGCGAGGGAAAAGCGUGCGAGUAUUUCCAGACUGUUUUCCCGCGUUCAUUCAAUGCUUGUCUGUGGUCACUACGGCAGUUACGAUUUGGUGAAGAAACGAAAAGAAAAUAUAUGUAACCUUACUUCCGAGAAACCUGCGAGAAAAACUUUCCUUCCUUCAAAUGAUGAAGAGUUUCUGAUGGCGUUGUACAAAGAAGGGCUCCUGAAAAGUAAUAUUAUUAUAAAAGAUGGCAGCAAGAGAUUUAACUUGGAGAUCCUAGUGGUAUUUGUGAAGCAUGAACACCCAGCGAUCAACAUCUGCAUGGGAUUUACGGACACUGAGCUUCUUCUGACAAACAGACUUCAGGAAUACCGCCGGUAUAUGCCAAACAACGAUACAGAAAUUGACGGAAGAUGCCGAGUUCGAGUCGGAAUCAACAGAGUGUUGUUCGGAACAGAUAAGGCUGAUUCUGGAGCGAGAUUUGAUGGUUUUCCGGUGGCUAUGUGGUUUGAUGUUUAUGAUCCAGCUGUUGAACAGUUUCUGCUGAUGAAGUUUAAUGCCAGGAGAAAGUAUCGCUCGAUAUUCACGCAAAGAAGGAAGAGAAUGUUAGUUCGGCCACCAACCAAUCGUCCUAUGUUCAUGGGAGAUAUCAUUCCAGUCCCCGAUUUAUAUGGACCCAGAUUCAACUACUUCGAAGUUGGGGAACUGAGAUAUGAUCGAUUACCUAUUGCAGUCAUGGCCCAAAGGAUUGGGGAGCUGGACGAGAGACAACGGCUUCGCAGAAACAGUAACGCCACAAACCCAAUUGAUCCUCUCUUGCCGAAUAUACGAAUUAACGACAGAGAAAUGAGUCAGCAUUUUCCUAGGCGCACGAGUGUUCCCCGAAACGUGCGCAGAAGCGGAAGUAACCCUGACCAGCCGGACAAUGUUGAGCGUCCAUAUGUUAUCCCUUUGGAUGAUGACGAAGCAGAUACAUUCUUUGCUCCAAGCCGACUAAGUUUACAAAUGUUGAUGUAACUUGAUUUUUAUCUUACCUCUUUAUUUGUGUUGAAAAGUCAUCAACUUGUCUAUUUUUCGGAUAGAAUUUUAAUACUGGAUUUAUCAAUUGUUUUGUUAAUUUUUGUGCGCAUUGAAAAACUCAUCCUAGUAAAAUACAGCCAUUUGGAAUUUCGAAUAAAUGUUUUAAGUACGAAAAA